AUGGGGGCCCUCAGAACCGUUGGUCUGGUGAUACUGGCGGUCUCGGCGUUCACCUUCAUUGCGCUAUUUGGCAGGCUGCCAGCUUUCCGGAAAACUCCGGUCGCCUGGCUCCAUCAGGCACUGUGGGUGUACUUCCCGAAUGGAAUUGCCGUUGUCGAUAAUCGUUUGUUCGGCGGGAGAAUAGUACGAUGCUGGAAUCGAUCUGGCAGCUAUUUACUGAAGGAGAACCACCCGCUUGUCCUGAUCUUCUUUGCCUCCUUGCUGGUCAUUGGAGAAGGCAUCUUUGUCCCGGCCGCGUGGCCUUGGCUUUCGAGCAUUCAUCGAGUCUGGGUACCCACAACUAUCAGCUUGCCAUAUUUCCUGCUCUACAAGUGUGUUGUGACCAAGUCAUUUAUCACAGCAGAGAACCAUGAGGGAGAAAUGAGACGCUAUCCGUACGACCGAGUCCUUUUUCAUCCGGGGCAUCAAUGUAGCACCUGCAAGUUCCUCAAGCCAGCGCGCAGCAAGCAUUGCAACUUCUGUCAGGCCUGUGUUUCUCGACAUGACCACCACUGUGUAUGGCUGAUGAACUGCGUCGGGGCCAACAACUGCGUGUACUUCAUCUCGCUCUUGGUCUCCCUUUCUGCCAUGUUGAUUUACGGCUCCUACCUUGGUCAUGCCAUACUCUCUGAGACGCUGAGGCAAAUGGUCCCACCGCAGAUACAGGAGGCCAUGCAAGGCUGGACAGCCUGGAUCAACACAUGGGGUAUUGUGAUUACUGCUAAUCCCAAGAUUGGGACAGUAUUUCUACUGAUGCUUAUGACUGCCCCACUAGCGAUAUCUUUCCUGGCAUACCAUACGUAUCUCAUCUGGGCUGGGGUGACAACCAAUGAGAGCGCCAAAUGGUCCGAUUGGAAAGAUGAUGUGGAAGACGGCAUUGUAUUCAAGACAAAACGAAGUCUCAUCUUCGACAGGCCCCUUCCUAUGGAUCUAUAUGAUCAACUGUGGCCUGUGCAUACUGAUCAAAUCCUUGUCAUUGAUGAAGAUCCUCCAACUGAAGGAUGUUUGUUGGCAUCCGACUCCAAUUGCAUUGCCCGUCGCCCGGGGUCAGACUUACCUCCUGACCCUCGAUGGAGGCGACUCCACACUAUGAGAGAUGUCGACAACAUCUACGAUAUGGGCUUUUGGUACAAUCUUCGGGAUGUGGUGGGAUUAUCUGUUCGUCGAUCUAAGGAGAUAUCUGAUCCAAAGCCAUUAUGCACGCCAGCUGAGCUCAUGCUUAAGGUAAUCCUUGCAGGGACACUGAGCCACUACGAAGUUCGGGGCAUGAUCGAUGACAAGCGCUUGGAGCACAUGCUUGCCGCUGGGAAGCAGAUCCUGUACAAAACACACCAGGAGAGCGAUGUUCGUCACAAUCUCGGCAUGUCGCCGGAUAUCUGGCAAGGUCUCACGAACGUCCUCACCAAAGCAAUCCCUGUCCUCGAGUCCCAAUCUUUUGCGUGGAAAAGCCCCGCAGCAAGCUACGAACACUCAUCUGCCAACCUGAUCGCAUACAAUUAUUUCGCGCUGGUCAAAGAUAUCGAGCGCUUGAAUGAUCUGUGUACAAUUGCUCGCAACCUCCUCGCCACAACCAAGAAGGCACAGAACCUCGCAGCGGAAACAGGAUUUGAUCAAAGAAUUCUAGCUCUCAUCGACACCUGCGUUCGGGUCACCGCUCGAGGAUUCGAUGGCGAGCAAAAUGCGCGAAACGAGGAACGAUGGCAGAAAGUCGUCAACCUCUACAAGCGCCUUCUGAUUACAUGCCUCCAGUACCUUCAUAACUUCAUUAUGCACAACGAGCAUCGCAAGAUGGUGCUAUGGUUGGAUCUGUUUGGUUACCAUUCAACCGCUGAUACGAACAUCAUAAAGCCCAAGGAGCCUUUGGACGAUGCCAGCUCGCGAGAAGGAGUGGCACCCAUUGUUCAAGUUGGAGAGCGUGUCAUCAACCCGCCGAUUCGCGCGCUUUACGACCAAACUGCUGAGGAUUUGCUAUUGGAGACUAUCGCCAAGUUCCCGCGAGAGCCAGCAACUAUCAAGGAAGAGGCUGCCAUGCUGCUUCUGGCCAAUAUUAAGGAUCACAUGGAGAGGAUCCUGGGGCGUGACCUUAGCGCUAUCCAGGAAAUGGGCAGAGACCCAGACCAGGUCAAGGAUAUCAGGGCUGCUCUGACUGCGAUACUUGGUGCUAAGGUCGACGGUUGGUCUGAUCUCCAGGACCGGGCCCGUGAAAUCCCGGCUGCGCUUCCCGAAGAAGAGCACGAGGAGUCUGAAGACCACGAUGACCAGGAGCAUGACGAUCACAGGGAACGCGAUGAGGAAGAAGAGGAGCACGAAGUAACCAAGAAGAAGACCAUUCUGACUAUUGAUCGCAGUCUCACAGCUGGUUUCCCUCGUCUUUGCUGGGCCGAUCUUCCAGAGAUCAACGAUUUUGGCGCUGUAGAUGGACCUGUUACAGAGGAAGAUACCAGUAUGCCGCGGUCAGCUCACUCUGCCGCCGAGACCCUCCAAGAAGCCAAGGACGAACUCAUGGCUCGGCUCCAGGAGCCAUCACAUAUCGAUGGCGAGGAAGAGCAUGACUAUGACCACGGGGACGCACACACGGUGGGGGAUGAUGAUUCGCACAGUCUGGAUCACCUGGCCGACGGAAGCGUUGACGGAGAUGGCGAUGAUGACGUGGAUGACGAUGGCGUCGAUGGAGAAGCUGAUGACGAAGAAGAGGAAGACGAUGAAUAUCGUGGCCGUCCUGGUGAUCAACAGCGGGGUCUUUUGACAGAUAUCCCUCUGGUCCUUGGACCGGCAGAAAUCGAAGCUUUGCCUAUGAUUGUUCAGGCCGGUAUUGUAGACAGCUUUGGGCUCAAGGGCGGCGAACGUAAUGGUUCGAGGAACAUGCAAGCGCUCCGCUGUCACAUCCUGCUCACGCAGGAGACUGGACGUAACCUACUGCGUGAACUACUGAUUUUCAUUGCGGCAUGGGAUCUUCCCGAUGACGAGCUCUACUUCAAGAUGAUGGUCCAGAUCAUGGAGGCCGUGCUUAAGAACGGUCUUAUGUCUCAUGCCUACUCGGACUUCGGUCAGCCCAAGGACAUAAUUUCUCCAGCGCAGGCUGUUGUGAUCAAGAUCCUCACCCACAUCUUCCGAGCCAAGUACUCUCCUGCUUCGGUAACGGGCUCGGCUCAGCCGAACAUUACCCGCAACCCGAACUCGCUCAACCGAGUUGAUAUUCUCACUGUCCGAUACAUCUUCACCAUCUUCCGUGGAAACAUCAUCCCCGAGACUUGUGCUCUGAUCUACCUCCAAGGCCAGAUCCGCGCCAACCGGGCUCUUUCGGAGGACUUCCCGCUCAAUCUAUGGGAUAUGGAACGGGUAUACGAAGGUGUCUACCAGUUUUUGGAGUUCUUCGCCGUGCUGACCGAAAACAAUGACUGGAAGAACCUGCUUGUUAAAUGGGAGAUUGUCUAUGACUUGGUGACGUUGAUCAAGGAGUUGGAAGCAAGCAUCCCCAAGGGCCAGCUGAGCCAAUUGUCCUUCGGCUCCGUACCCCUUCCUCCUCCCCGAAACGACACUGCAAACGAUGCCCCCAGCACCAGUCCCCCAGCCCCUGUUGCCGUCGAACGUCCUUAUGAUCCCAGCGACCCAGACCCUGUCGACACUGGCGCCGGCAGCGUCGACUCACGACCCGAGUCCCCUCCGAUCACGGAGGAUCCCUCCGAGUUCGAAUGGCGCAAUCUCAAGAAGCUGGUCGUGCUUGUGCUCUCGUCCCUUGUCUGGAAGUGCCCCGAUGUGCAAGAGCAGAUCCGUCGUUACGGCGGUGUCGAGGCGAUUCUUUGCUGCACCGCUUUCGAUGCCCACAACCCAUACAUCAAGGAGCAUGCGGUGAUGUGCCUUAAGUUCUUGCUGGAGGGGAACCGUGAGAACCAGAGCCUUGUCGAGGAACUCGAGGCUCGUGAGGUUGUCAGUAAUGACGGCGGCGUGCUGGAGCGGAGUGGCUAUGAAGCGAUGAUCAAUCAGGCAGGCAAGUUGGCCAUCCGGCCCAAGGCUCGGGCUGAGGAAAUUUUAUGA